AUGGAAGAAUUACUGGCGCCCGCUCGACCAGUUCGAAGAUCAACGGGAGUCAAGAGAACCGAAAUUGCGAAGGUACCAUUUGCAGAAGACGAGCUUAACAGACAAACAUGUUGCACCUAUGAAGAUCCUCUCAACUAUGCGAAACAUCCUGCAAAGUAUCUGAUACUGGACACGCCCCAUCUGCAAAAUCCACGAUAUUUUGAGGAUGUUAUGUCGGAUAUACACGAAAUGUUCACCUUUGGCGAAAAAGCGGCAAGGAUUGGCAUGAAACAGACUACUGCGCGGGCAGCUGCGUUGCAGCGGGCUGGCUCGCUGCCAGCACUGCCACAUCAGCAGCGCUUCGCAGGCGUGAGAGCCUGUACUGCUAGCAGCCACCCGCGGCUAUUUGACCUUCUCCCAGCGGAUCUAUGCGAUAGUUUCUACCCUCGCCUCGCCAUAAAAGGAAUCAGUUGCGCGCGUCGAUAG